UUUUUUUUUUUUUAUUUAGUCAGAGUUUGAAAGUUGGAAACAGAACCGGAGAAGGACCGGCGUGUAGCGGACAGCAGAGAUCCGAGGAGGAGGGAUGGGCUGCAGCCACAGUAAGAAAAAAAGCAAAAGCAAGAAAGGAGAGAAGCACCAUAACGGCUUCCGGGAUGAAGGAGGUAAAUGUGUUCCAGGUGAGCAGGACGUCUGUCUGGAGAAGCAGCUGGAGCGUUUUGAGUGGCAGCUGAAGAUUUUGAAGGAAGUGUUGUCAGCCAAUGGGUGGUCAGAGAGGGUGGAGCUCUUGAAACACCACGCUGAUGAAGAGGUGCUCACCCUCGUCUUGAGCAUCUUUGAUGAGGUGAAAACUGAGACAACGGCUGACCUGAACGCUCUGCACGAACACAAAAGUAGAUCUGAAGCUGAAGAAUACAGAAGGCAAGAAGAAGAGCUGCAGAAGAGACACGAAGAGGAAAAAUUUCACCUGACCGAAAAGUUUCAGGCAUCUGAGAACAUUUUGAAGAGCAGAGUGGAGGAACUGACAGCAGAGCUGCAGGUCUACAACCAGCUGAAAAGACGAGUUGCUGAAUCCAACUUUAAGAAGAAUUUACAGAGAAACAUUCAGGAACACGGCAGCCCAGGGGAAUUUUGGGAGUCGGAGCAGGAGUCCCUGCUGUUCGUCAUUGAAAUGAAGACUGAGCGUGUGCAGGAUCAAAGCAGGAAGCUGCAGCAGAUGGAUGAACUGGUGGAGAAGAACCUGUCUCUGGAGGACCAGGUCGUCCACGUCCUGCAGCAGAACGAGGACCUGAAAGUUCGGAUUGACAACUGCCAGACACUAAUUCAGCAGUUUUCAAAGGAGCAGCAGGACCUAAAGGCAGCGCUGGAGAAGCAGGUAGCGGUUAACCAGAAGCUUUCUCAGGAGAAAGAGCAACUGAUGUUCAAACUGAGACACAGAGACUCGUGUCCGACCAUCCACCUGUCCACCAUGAUGCAGGAGAUCACACCCAGCUGACCCUGAUGACCCUGACUGCCUGCUUACCGUUGAGACUCAACCAUCUGGGCCCCACUAAAAAGGCUCUGAAUCUGCAUCAGAACUGGACCCGAGUUUAACCACUCCAACCAGACUUUAAAUCUGGAUCAACAGCUGGACUCAAACUCACCUGUCCUAUUUUCACUGUUGACCUCUCUCAGAUCCAGUCAGCACAUGAGAUCAUCCCUAAAUAUUCCUGGACUGCAGAAUCCUCGGUUGGCCUUGGAGCAGGACGCUGCAACUUUCAGAAGCUCAAAAACGCAAACUCUGAUUUAUUAUCUUUCUCUCAGGGAUGUCAGAUUGUUGCUAAUGAUAAAGUUUUUCAGAUGUUUGGAUCUGAUGAAAGUCUUUGAGAUCCUCAUUUAAGGUUCUGGAAGAACGGUGUUGCUGGCUCUUCCUCCUCCCAUCUGUGUGUUCUGCUGGAAAUUUUUUUUGGUUGUUCAGCAGAGUGAAUGAAACUGCAUCCUAUUCUCUGAGCUCAUCCUCAUUCCCAGAAACCAACCUUAAUGCAGGUUUAUAUUCUUUUUCUUUUUGUUUCUAAAACCUGCUGACUCACUGACAUGUUUUUGGAAAUGAACAUCUUUCUGGGUUGUUUCUUUAAGCUUGAACAGGUUAAAUUGAACCACUUCCUGUUGUUUAGAAAACUCAGGUGAUCCACUGAAACUUCAACAGUUUCAGCGAUUUGUAUGAAAACUUUUCUGACUGAACACCAGACCCAGCUGGACUGAUUUAGGGUUUUCUGAACAUUUUGUGUUUGGCCCAUUACAAGUUUUUUAUAUAUAUAUAAAAAUCAUUGCUCAUUGUUACUUUUUAGUGUUUUAUUUUUUUGUUGCCACAUUUCAAGUACUUUCGAAACAAAAUGCCUUCAUCAGUAUUGGUUUUACCUUUUUUAGCUGACAAAUUUUGGCUAACACUGUAUCCAUUCUCAAAACCCCUUUUAGUGCUCUGAGGAUAAAAAGGUUAAAGCAAUUAAAUACUCUGCUUAGAAAUGAACCAAACGAUGGAAUUUGAUGCCUUUAUCAGUGUUUAUCAGACCCAUGAUGUGUUAGCAUGCUAACACUUUAUUUAGCUAAGAUUAGAUGAAUCACACUGCUCUGGUUUCUUUUGGAUUAAUCUGACAAACACAAAAGUGCUAACAUGAAAAUCUUUCUUGACCUUUCUGGUUAAUGUUAACAAUACAGCUUUAGCAUGCUAACAUGCAUGUAUGCUAGCAACAUGUUGUUUAGAGAUUCAAGUUCACUUAUAUCAUGCUGAAACUUUACAGUUUUGGCAGGAUAACCUGCACAUUAAAGAGUUAGAAAGCUAAAACUAUUAUUUGUCAUAAUGUCAGCCAGCAGCAUGCAGUGUCUAACGGUUAUAGAGGAACAGGUCUGUGCGCUAACACAACCUGCUAGCUUCCUCUGUGUUAGCAGCACAUUUUCAUGAAUCUUCAUUUUUCCAUAAUAUUUGUAUUAAUGUUUAUAAUAAUAUCUCAGUUUAAAUUAAAGCAGGAGCUUCUAUGUUAGUAACCAGUGUUUCUGCCUUUAAACUGAGAUUUCUAUUCUGUAUUUUAUGCAUUAUUGUGGAUUUUUGUUGAGCCAAAGAAAAGCAGAUUCAAUGUUUUGUGAGCUGUCGACACGCACCAGCACUUUCAACAGGAUUUUACAGAAAGUCAUUUCAUACACUUGUAUUUGCUUUUUUAGUUUUUUUUUCUCAUUUCCUUUUUUGUGUGUCACAUACGAUGUGUUUAGAAAGAGCAACAAUUUGUAUUCAGUUUCCUGUUGACUUACUGAGUUUUUUGAGCUAUACAGAAUUAAAACCUGUACAUAUGUUGUAUUACUUA